AUGGGCAAACCGGUUGAACCUGACUCCUACCUCCUCGACCGGUACCCGGGGCACAUUCCCCUGCCUUUUCUCCAGAUCUUCCUCUCACCGCACGGUACCAAGGCCAUUCAAAAAGCUCAUGGUAUCAUUGAAGCAAUCAACAAGAACGCCAAAGUCAAGCCCAUGCUGCAUCGUCGCCUGCUAGCACUCAGUGUAGCAUGCCGAGUCCCGUGGUUCAAGAGCGACCGCCGGCGCAUGCAGUGGCUGCGGCGUGAGGUUUAUAACGACGAGCACCGCUUGCUAGAAUUUCUCGGCGCGCUCCCCAUCAAGGCCUUCUUUGACCUCCGAGAAGCAGAUGCACAUAUCUAUGAUACUGCCGCUGAGAAUGAAGAGCACCUUUGUCUGCAUUUCUCCGAGCAGCUUCAUGUCGGUCUUUUCACAAGCCUCACAGUCUUCGAAAGCUUCUCAUACUACCAUGACAUUGCGGAAGCUAUCGUUGAAGGAUUCGGUAUCCCAACGAGCGAUCCUCGAGGUAGCGAGCUACAAAGCUCUGUUGCUCGCGGCCUCAAUGUCGCAGGUCGCAUCGCCACCCACGUCGUCAAUGUACAACUGUCACUGCCGAGUAUCUAUAAUGUUCAUACGGACAACUUGAAGCGUCCAUAUCUCAAAGGCAACGUUGCAAAGAAGAUCAUCGCAGCGCUCAGCAACCAGAUUGUGAAUCUCAAUGACACCGAUGAGACCGAUCUGCGCGCGGCGCUACACUGUUUGACCGAAGGCACCAAACCUCUCUUGCGCGUCCACUACCCAGACGAACAACAAAAAUGGCUCCGUGCAGACAUGUGGCGCUUAUGGGUACUCACUCAAGGUCUGCAACCACUGAUCGACGUCUUCGAGGCUGAGUGCCCGUUGGACACUGGCUUGCUGGAACAUCUGGACGAUCAUUGGGUGAUGUUGAUGUAUAACCGCUGGCCCCAUGAGGACCCUUUCUGUUCAGACUUUCAGGAGUGGUGGAUGCGCCGAGAGGUGAAAGGAUUGCCGGAUGAGCUGCAGUCUUCUGGCGGCUCACAGUUCUCGAACAAGUACGACGUGGACGCUCUGAACAUCAUCAAUCAUCGAUCAGCAGUAAGUUUCGUUAGCAAAAUUUUCGCAACACAACCUCCAACUGUUGCUAUUUCAGGGCUCAGAUUGCGAACGACAGCCACCACGUAUUAG